CUCAAGUUCGGCUGGAGCAAGAGAAGGUUAGAGCCCAGCUCGCUCGCUUGCUAGGCCCCCACGGCAGCAGGCCUUCGCCUUUGCGGGUGCAGCGCCAGCGCCAGCAAGAAGAACAGCGACAACAGCAACAGCAACACCACCAGCAGCCGCAGCAACAGCACCAUCACGGACAGCACGCCAACGGACAGCAACAGGAGGCGCGGCAGCAGGAGGAGGAGGAGGAGCUUGCAGCGGGGGAUGUCAUGCCGGAAGACGCAGGCAGAGGGUGCGGUGGGCUGCUGCCGCUGCAGCCGCUGCCCAGGGCCCUCUUCGUGGUGCCCCGCAACACCCCCGGGCUCACGCGCACGGCAGCCGGGGCAGCCGGGGCAGGUGCUGCUGCUGCUGCGGGCCCAGCCGCUGCUGAGCCGGCUGCAGGCGCAGGCGCUGCCGCCGGGCGCCCCUCCAUGCCGCCUUUCAGGACGACCACAGGAC